AGCGCCCGCCCCUGCUCCACCCUCCGGCCCCGGCGGGCGGCGCCGCCUGCGGGCCUGCACCCUCCUCCGCUGUCCCUCCCGCGGCCACUGCCUGGCGACCGGCUCGCGACCCGCGGCGCGCGGCGACAUGGCCGGCGACCACCGCCUCCUGCUGGAGAACGCGCGGCAGGUGGUGCUGGUGUGCGCCCGCGGGGAGCGCUUCCUGGCGCGGGACGCGCUGCGCAGCCUGGCGGUGCUGGAGGGCGCCAGCCUGGUGGUGGGCACGGAUGGGUUGAUAAAAGCCAUCGGUCCUGCUGAUGUUAUCCGAGAACAGUUUUCUGAAGAAACGUUUGAAGAAAGAAUUGAUUGUUCUGGGAAAUGCAUCUUGCCUGGUUUGGUGGAUGCACACACACAUCCAGUAUGGGCUGGUGAGAGAGUUCACGAGUUUGCAAUGAAGUUGGCAGGAGCCACGUACAUGGAGAUCCACCAGGCCGGAGGAGGGAUCAACUUCACGGUGGAGCGCACGCGCCAGGCCUCGGAGGAGGAGCUGUUCGGCUCCCUCCAGCAGCGGCUGCAGUGCAUGCUGAGGGCGGGCACCACGCUGGUGGAGUGCAAGAGCGGCUACGGCCUCAACCUGGACACUGAGCUCAAGAUGCUCCGCGUGAUCGAGCGCGCCCGGCGGCAGAUGGCCAUCGGCAUCUCGGCCACGUACUGCGGGGCUCACUCCGUGCCAAAAGGAAAAACUGCUACUGAAGCUGCUGAUGACAUCAUCAAUAACCACCUCCCAAAGCUGAAGGAACUUGGCAGAAAUGGGCAGAUUCACGUUGACAACAUAGACGUGUUCUGUGAGAAGGGUGUCUUUGAUCUGGAUUCUACCAGAAGGAUUCUUCAAGGUGGAAAAGAUAUAGGGUUACAGAUUAACUUCCAUGGGGAUGAACUCCACCCGAUGAAGGCUGCGGAGCUCGGAGCUGAACUGGGAGCCCGGGCAAUCAGUCACCUGGAAGAAGUGAGUGAUGAAGGCAUUGCUGCCAUGGCAACGGCUGGGUGCUCCGCGGUUCUUCUGCCCACCACGGCCUACAUGCUCAGGCUGAAGCAGCCUCGCGCCAGGAAGAUGUUAGAUGAAGGAGUAAUAGUUGCUUUGGGCAGUGACUUCAACCCUAAUGCCUAUUGCUUUUCAAUGCCAAUGGUCAUGCAUCUGGCCUGUGUAAACAUGAGAAUGUCCAUGCCGGAGGCCUUGGCCGCAGCCACCAUCAAUGCCGCUUAUGCACUGGGAAAAUCUCACACACAUGGAUCUUUGGAAGUUGGCAAACAGGGAGAUCUCAUUAUCAUCAAUGCAUCCAGAUGGGAGCAUUUGAUUUACCAGUUUGGAGGCCAUAACGAAUUAAUCGAGUAUGUUAUAACUAAAGGAAAAGUCAUCUAUAAAAAAUGACAGAUCUUAAAGGAAAGAGAAGACUUUGAUUGUAUAAAAUGCAUCAAUACAGUAUGUUAGAAGUUAAAAUAUCUUAGUAGUUUACAAAAUGAUGUCACUUAAACCUAAAUGUAUUUCAUUGUUUUGUUAAUCCACUCAUAAAACCCAAGGGAUUAACUUAUUUUAAUUUAAUAAGCACCUGGACAUAGAAACAGGUAAACCAAUUGUGAUGAUAAUCUCAAAACAUUACAUUAUUUCACAAAUACUUGUCAUAAAUAUUCUGAAGAUUAAUAGGAUGAAUGAUCACAAGAAUGCAUUUGUGGGUGAAGGCAGAUUGACAAUCAGGUAGACAUGGCUUGAAAUUUCCAUUUUGUUUCUGCUUUUCAAAUUUCAGGAUUUCAACAAUAUUUAGUGAAAAUUGGGGGAUGGAAGGAAAUCCAAGUGAGAUGCUCCCUCCAGAUUAAGCUAAAAUGCAGCCUUCUAGAAUAGCAAAUAGUUUUUCCUUUCCCCACCGGUUAGUUCUUUCUAGAUGUUCAUCAAAUGAAGUGCAUCAGUGUCCCCUGAGGGAGCGUGUCCUUCCAUUUCUAGUUUCCCUUCAACCUUAGCUCGAAAUAGACUUCACAGCACAGUUCAAGGCUCAUCAUUUUACAUACAGGUUCUGGGGCCUUCUUGUAAUGGAUGUUUGUUUGUUUUUUUACCAAAAAUCCAAUAAUGUAAUUUUUUUGAAAUUGCUUUUAAGUUUUUGAUUCUUCACAUUAUAAUUAUAUAGAAACCAUGUCAUAACGUUAAUAAAUAUGUGCUGUCAUUA